GCUUUGCGCCCGAAGAAGGUGCGAGGGGCUGGAUCUCUCCCCACACCUCCCGCCUGAGGCCAGGCGCCAGGUGUCGCCCGGUGCUGGUGCCGGUGCCUGAUAGCCAGUUUGGGAGCGAGCCUCAGGUCAACCAACCAAUGCCUCAGACACAUAAGCAAAUAUGCAUCCCCCCGGAGCUGCCGGAAUUGCUGAAGCAAUUUACCAAAGCCGCCAUUCGGACCCAGCCGCAAGAUCUCAUCCAGUGGGCCGCCGAUUAUUUUGGGGCUAUGUCCCGUGGAGAGGUUCCUCCGGUGAGAGACUGGUCUGAGCGAGUGACUUUGUCUAACUGGGCUGAGCUUACACCGGACCUGCUAAAGAUCCUGCAUUCUCGGGUUGCUGGCAGACUGAUUGUCCAAGCAGAUGAGCUGGCCCAGAUGUGGAAGGUGCUGAAUCUCCCACCCGACCUGUUUAAUAGUGUGAUGAACGUGGGCCGCUUCAUGAAGGAGAUUGAGUGGCUGAAGUUUCUCGCCCUUUCUUGCAGCUCUCUUGGAGUUACCAUUGCCAGAACCCUCAAGAUAGUGUGUGAAGUGCUAUCAUCUGACCACGAUGGUGGCCCUCCCCGGAUCCCUUUCAGCACCUUCCAGUUUCUCUACACAUAUAUUGCUGAAGUGGAUGGGGAGAUCUCUGCAUCACAUGUCAGUCGAAUGCUCAACUACAUUGAACGGGAAAUUAUUGGUCCUGAUGGUUUAAUCAAGGUGAGUGACUUUACCCAAAACCCCAGUGUUCGGCUGGAAUAA